AUGUAUGAGACAACCUAUCUUUCUGAUGACGGAUCCCAGUCCGAAGAAGACGAUGCCCUGCCUCUCCCAACCCUCACCGAAAGUCCACUGCAUCACCCGGACUCCUGUCUAGGACUCUCCUCGAGCUUGUUGGGCACAAUUCUUGACAUCCUCCAGCCACAUAGGAUCGCACCAGAACCCUCAUCGACAGGAAGAUCGACGAAGUUGAAAUGCCUAUCCAUUGGAUCAGGGGCAGGACUCUUCGAAGCACUGUUGAGAAACCACGACCCCGGCCUACUCGAGGUUUACGGGCUGGAAGUCUCGUCCUCGACCAAUGCGAACAAGUACCUCCCCCAACAUAGGCGACACACCGUCCAGUCAACAUCAACUCUCUACGAAGAAGCAUCUGAAUAUGAUGUAUGGCUAUUCGUCUACCCGCGGGACCCGAGACUUGUCAGGCAAUAUCUUGAACUCGCCUGCAGGACCAAAGACACGAGGGUGAUUCUCUUUCUGGGUCCGAAGGCUGAUUUUCUUCCUCCCCACCGUGGCGAUAACGACGUACUUGCCGCUGCCGAGGACAAAGAAAGGCCAGCACAGGAGACGUUCGCCGCUGUCCUAGGUUCAUUCUCUGAUCACAUCGAGGUAUGCCAAGAGUUCAGCAGGUGUGAAGACGAUCUGUUAAACGUGCCUAGCCAGGAGUCUCAACCAGGACAGGCGCAAAGUGUGCACGAUUCGUCUGAGACGAGCCACAAAAAGCCAUUCAGAUCGUCCAUCUACUCAUCUUCCGAGAUCGGGCUUACGUCGUAUGAGAUCUUGUGCGUGCUACGACAAUGCGAUCCUCGAGGCAUCUGAUUGGCGUCAUUCCAUGGAGUCAUUGCCCCAUGAUAGCUAGAGAGGAC